CCUAUAACAUGAGAGUUAGAGGAUAGAAAUGUUAUAUGAGUGAUACAAAACGGAUUAAGAACAAAGACCUCACAUGUAUGUCAAUGAUAAGAAAGCACUGAACCGUUAGAUAUGUAAAUAAUUCUGGUGUACCUAUAUAACCAGUGCUUGAAUGGACUUUGUCAUUUAAUCAGAACAUUACAAACCAGCAUAAUGGAUAUUUCGAGCAAAAUCAUUUUACUUCAUCAUAUGUUGAUAACUCUUAGUUUGUCGCUUGCCGCUUCAGAUAUGUCUAAAGGGGACCCGAUGGCUCCACCAGAUAUGAUUAAUGCAUCGGGAAUACUAAGUGUAAAAGGACCUCCACCACAUGGUGUUGUUAUUGUAUUCAUGGAAGAAGACAGUGCACCUCAAUAUUUCAAUUAUACAGUACAGUGUGGCGAUGAAACUUUAAAAUAUGUCAUAAGAGCUAAAGCUGACGACGCUAAGAUGGUAAAUGUUAAAACUAAUGACGUCAUUAUUGAUUGCAGAAACAGACGUUUGGUAUUAAUGCCUCUCGUGUCACUAACCAACGGUUCUGUUGUUGGUCCGUCGUAUUCAGUUGGUGAUAAAGUACAAAAACAAAAAGAAAAUUAUUUUGUACAAGGGACACACACUUUAUAUACGAAUUCAGAUUUGCUUGGGAGAACGUUUAUAACGUUUAAUUUAUAUAGCUAUAAUGACCUUGAACUACAACACAAUAUAACUGAAGAUAUGGUAGAUGUAACAAAAGUACCAGUUAUAAUCCUACGACUCAUGAGACCUAUUGAUACUGCUUUCAGGGUCAUUAUUUACGUUUUCAUGAUUUUCGUUACACUGGCUUUUGGGGCAAAGUUAGACCUUGAGGUCGUUAAAGAAAAUAUCAAGCGUCCGCUAGCACCAUGUAUAGGCUUAGGAUGUCAGUUCAUUAUCAUGCCGAUGUUGGGUUAUGCAAUAGCCAAGCUGGUGACUGCUGACCGACCGGAUGUAGCGCUUGGUAUAUUUGUAGCCGCUUGUUGUCCAGGUGGUGGAGCCAGUAAUAUUUACUCAUAUCUCCUAGGCGGGGAUCUUUCUCUGUCUAUCACCAUGACAGCACUCAGUUCUAUCAUGGCUUUGGGAAUGAUGCCGAUGUGGCUAUACACACUGGGACAACAGUUCAUAGAUGGCACACUCCAAGUUCCAUUUCUCGAUAUAUUUACAACAUUGUUGAUACUGAUAGUUCCACUAUUUGUAGGAGUAUUCUUACAGAAAAAACUUCCGAAAAUAACAAAGGUCAUAAUUAAGGUAAUAAGACCAGUAACCGUUGUUUGCAUUAUUUUGCUGUUAAGUGUUGGUAUCUACUCAAAUCUUUAUAUUUUCAAACUUUUCAAGCCAAAAAUAGUAUUGGCUGGUUGUUUACUUCCGUAUUUUGGAUACCUUUUGGGUGGUUUGAUAUCUUUCAUAUUCAGAUUACCAUGGGAGCGCGUGAAAACUGUUGCAAUUGAGACAGGGAUGCAGAACACAGGAAUUGCAACGAUUCUAAUGAUGUAUGCUUUUCCACCACCAGAUGGAUUUAUUGCAGCUGUGGCACCAAUCGCUUCUGCUGUCAUGACUCCACUUCCGUUGUUUUUAAUUACUGUCCCAUAUCUGAUAUACAAACGAUGUAACAAGGAUAAGUACGACAGUGUUCCGAAUGAAAACGGAAGUAUAAAGAAGAAAAAACCUAAAAGUAAAAAGGACUCAAAGGAAACAACUUUGGAUGUAGAAAAUGGGAAAACCACUGUGAUAUAAAAAGAGUUCAAUAUUAAUUGUCAUAUUUAUUAUCUAUAUAUAUGUAUAUUGUAUAUUUUACGUAUGCAGACAGUACCAUGACUUUAUGUAUUAGCAGGAUUUUUUGUGUUCAAAGGUUUUCAUUUACAUGGGAAUUAUACGUUUUCAUUUUACUACAAAUACGAUAGCUUUAAUAAAAACUAGUAAAAUAUAAUGUUUAUGACCAUGGUUAUGUAUACUAUACUUUUUUUAAUGCGGAAUAUAGAGAAAAAUGAUAAUGUCGAACCAUAUAUGCUAGCCCAUGGGCUCAUUACUGUAUAUUUUUGGCAUACAUUAAAAUUCUUUUUCUUAGUUUAUUUGUAACAAAUGCACGGAUAAAAGAUCUGAGAUGAGGGAUAUACGUAAAAAAAUCCUCAACUGAAAGAUACAAAAAACAAAAACAAAAACAAAAAGAAGUGAUUUUUGUUUUUUGAUAAAGUUUAUCAUUAAUGUGUGUCUAAAAGUUUUUGAAAACGUUUAUAUUUUCUUAUCUAAUGAACCUGAGUGUGAUGGUUAAAACUCAUAUUGAUCGCUUUACCACUAUAAAAGGGAAAUGGGUCUUACGUAUUUAUAAAGAUGGUGUAUUGUGUUUGAUAAAAGUAAUAUUAUUGAUCAUUUUAUUUUUUAAGGAGAACAAUUAAAAUAUAAUGGUUGAAUUUUGCAUUACAGAAAAACAUUGUGGUGAUCGGGAGAGAAUAUAUAUAUAUAUAUAUAUUCAUUAUCACUGAACUAGUAUAUAUAUUUGUUUAGGGGCCAGCUGAAGGACGCCUCCGCAUGCGGGAGGCUCUCGCUGCAUUGAAGACCUGUUGGUGACCUUCUGCUGUUGUCUGUUCUAUGGUCGGGUUGUUGUCUCUUUGACACAUUCCCCAUUUCCAUUCUCAAUUUUAUAUAUUCACAAUCAGAGCCGAAUUAAAUUUAGAUAUAUUUUUUCGCUUAGUGUGUUAUUACACAUAUUUACUUUCACGGUCCUACAAUCUGUCGAUACCUAUAGUUUGGGCAUUAUAUACAAGGCAUCGCACAAAGUCAUGUUUUUUCUCUGACUGUUAAUGACGUCUUUACACUAAAUCCAUGGAAUGUUGGAUGUGUACUGAUUGAUAUUUCAGUCUUAGAUACAUGAUUUUUUUUUUAGUUUUUAUUGGCUUUGACCUAGCUGUCAGUAUCUGCGAGUACUCUCAGAUCUGUACUUAGUGUCUUUUUGUUGUGGGUAUUUAUAAGUACCCGUCCACGUUAACUCUGUGCUUUUGUUAGAUGAAUUUCUUUUUGUAUCCAUUUGAUGCGUUAAGCCUUUUUCAACUGAUUUUUAUAGUUUGUUCAUAUGUUGUACUGUUACACCACUGUCCCAGGUUAGGGGAGGGUUGAGCGCUUACAAACAUGUUUAACCCCACCACAUUCUUUAUGUGCCUGUCCCAAGUCAGGAGCCUGUAGUUCAGUGGUUGUCGUUGGUUCGUGUCUGUCAUAUUUGUGUUUCGUAAAUGAUUUUGUUAUAAAUUAGGCCGUUAGUUUCCUCAAUUGAAUCGUCUCAUAUUUUUCAUGUCGGUGCCUUUUAUAUCCGACCAUACGGUAUGGGUUUUUCUCAUUGUUGAAGGCCGAACGGUUGCCUAUUAUUGCUUACAUCCACUUCAUUUGAACUUUGGUGGAUAGUUGUCUCAUUGGCAAUCAUACCACAUCUCCUUAUUUCUAUAUUAAUACUAUUUACAGUUACAUAUCAAUGAAUGAUUGUGUGAUUUAUAAAACUAGAAUACGCAACGUACACAUACAGGUGCAGAAACAUCCAUGAUUUUGAAAGGGGGUUACCGGUUAGAUAAUGUUUGGAGUAGGACUUGUAAAAAGUCUAUUCAUUUGCCUUAUUUAGAGCUCUAUAAAGUGGUCUUAAAAGUCGAUAUAUCAGAACUUUUUAUAACGAUUUUCGUUCUUAAUUUCUCUUAAGUAUGUCGCUAGAAGAGAGCAUUUUAUAAAGUUGAAAUUUUUAAGAAUGCCCGCCUCGGCAGGUAUUCAAAAAAUGGGACGAAAGAUACCAGAGGGACAGUCAAACUCAUAGAUCGAAAACAAACUGACAACGCCAUGGCCAAAAAUAAAAAGACAAACAGACAAAUAAUAGUACAGAUGACACAACAUAGAAAACCAAAGACUAAGCAACACGAACCCCACCAAAAACUGGAGGUGAUCUCAGGUGCUCCGGAAGGGUAAAUUGAACACUUCAAUGGAUUUGUCUGAACUCAUUUGCUGCUCAUUAUUCAAUGUGUGAAAAAUAAAUAUGUUGAUGUAUCUUAUACUCAUUUUAAUGCGAUAUUUGUUUGUAUCUUUUUAUAAUUUUAUUAAUGAAUAUUCUUUGUAACUCAAUUAUGAAAUAAAAAGAAUAUAUUUAAAA